AAAAACAAUUUCAAGAUGGCGGCGGCGCGGACAACAAUGGGGCGCUGGGGGGCCCGCGCCUGAGGCCGGCGGGGGAGGAGGCGGCGCGGCGGCCCGGCCAUGGCGGGCUCGGGGUGAGGAGCCGGCGGGCGCGCGGCCCAUGGUGCUGCCCCCCUGCCCCAUGGCGGAGUUCGUGGUGCCGCGGCACAGCGCCGUGAUGGAGCGGCUGCGCCGGCGCAUCGAGCUGUGCCGGCGGCACCACAGCGCCUGCGAGUCGCGCUACCAGGCCGUGUCCCCCGAGCGCCUGGAGCUGGAGCGCCAGCAGACCUUCGCCCUGCACCAGCGCUGCCUGCAAGCCAAGGCCAAGCGCGCCGGCAAGCACCGCCAGCCGCCGCCGCCGCCACCGCCGCCUCCCCCGGCCGCCGAGCGGCCCGGCGCCAACGGCCUGGACAGCGACGCGGCCAGCGGCGAGCAGCAGCACGGCCGCAGCACCACCUUGAUCGCGCAGCUCCAUGAGACUGUGAAAAGAAAACUUGAUAGCGCUGCCUCCCCUCAGAAUGGAGACCAGCAGAAUGGAUAUGGGGACAUGUUUUCUGUGUCCAAGAAAUUACGUCGUGAUGAUGGUCUUGGUGGGGUAAGUGGUUCCUCCAAUGGCAUGCCUCCUGUAUCCCCACUGCAUCAACUCGACAAGAAGUCUUCCAGUGGAGAUACUUUACAUCUCAAUGGAAAGAAUUCAAUGGGACUUGACGGCAUCAGCAAAAAGUGUCUUCCAGAUUCUAAUGUCCAGCUGAAUGGAAGUAGCGAUAAUGAUGACUCAUUUCCUUUGGGUUUGAACAAAGAGCUCAAGCAAGAGCCAGUGGAUGAUCUUCCUUGUAUGAUUGCUGGGGCUGGGAGUUCUAUAUCUCAGAACAACCUGAUGCCCGAUCUCAAUCUCAAUGAGCAAGAAUGGAAGGAACUUAUUGAUGAACUUAAUAGAUCAGUGCCCGAUGAAGACAUGAAGGAUCUAUUUAAUGAAGACUUUGAAGAGAAAAAAGAUGCAGAUUCUUCAAAUUCAGCUGCACAGACUCCACUGCCACAAGACAUUAACAUAAAGACUGAAUUUUCCCCAGCAGCCUUUGAGCAGGAACAGAUGGGAUCUCCACAAGUAAGAUCCACCUCUUCAGGUUCAGGAUUUAUUGGAGCCUCUUCUGUCCCUGUUAGUUCAGCUUCUCCAGCAGUAGGUGGCUCUCAGACUAUGUUCCAGCCUUCUAGUCAGACAAUGACUGAAAAUCCUAACCAAUCCAUGAUGCAGGCAUCAAACCAGUCUCAAAAUGUGCAGAGGUCUCUGCCCAAUGUAUUACUAUCUGGACAGGGCACAGGAAGUGCCAAAGACAUGUCUUCUUCUCACCAACUCCAGCAGAUAGCUGCCAAACAGAAGAGAGACCAGAUGUUGCAGAACCAACAGCAGGCAUCACAGGUCCACCAGACCAGUCAAAUUUCCAGCUGGCAGCAAUCUGGGCCUUCUCAUAGCCCACUGGGUGUCCCCUACACCAUGGAGAAUCCUUCCAGCCCUUCGGUUUACCAGCAGGACUUCAAUAACCAGAAACUUGUGAUGCCCAAUAUGGCAAAUAAGAAUUCUCCCAGAGCUGGUAGCAACUACCAUGUGAAUAUGAUGGGUCAUCAGCCAAACAGCCUGAACCAGAACCCCGUGAGCAGCCAAGGCUCCAUGCUAGACUAUGGCAACACAAAACCGCUUACACAUUAUAAAGCAGAGUGUGAACAAGGAGUUACGGUACCUGGUCAGAACAAGGCAGCUAUGCUGACCUAUAUGCAGCCACGCCCGCAGCCCCCACUGCCUCAUAUGGGUGAAGAACAAAAUGGCAUGUUCCUGAUGAAACAGAAGUCUGGAAAUAUUGCCUACAGACCUCUAGUACCGCACAGUCAGGAUCAAAACCCUUCUCCCAAUGUUCCUCGCGUCCCGGUUUCUGUCCCGGGUCCUGGUGUCGGUGCCCAGCCUCCCAAUGUUUCCAUCGCAGGUAACCAUAACAGUGCAGCUUAUCUCAAUAAUCAGCAGCAAGCAGCAGUAAUGAAGCAACACCAGAUGUUACUGGACCAGCAGAAACAAAGGGAGCAGCAAAAGCACUUGCUGAUGGAACAGCAGAAGCAGCAGUUCUUUCUGGGGCAAAGGCAGCAACAACUCCUAGCUGAGCAGGAGAAACAGCGGCAGCAGCAAGAGCAGCAGCUCCAGCGACACCUGACCCGACCACCCCCUCAGUACCAGGACCAGCCACAGAAUCCUUACCAGCCGCAGGUCGGACAGUUUACAGGAUCCUCUUCAGCCAUGGCCGGGGUAAGUAAUUUAGGACAGUCCAGUUCCAGCAGUCCACGGAUGUUUUCUCAGACCCAGAACAUGAUUCAGAUGGGACCUGGGCAUGGUUCUGUUCCUCCUCUCCAGUCGGGCUCCAGUCAGCAGGAUCGGGGUGUGACUCAGUACACAAACAUGCAAACCAUUCAGCGAGGGGGACUGUACAACAUGGCAUCUGGUAUGACGCAGAUGGUUCCUCAGCAUGCAAAUCAGAGUGCCAACGGACAGCCACAAAUGCAAAGACAGCCCAGCCUGGGCCAGGGCACUGCUGUGCCAGCUGGGUAUGGGCAGAACACCUUGGGGAAUUCGAGCAUUUCUCAGCAGCACAAUAAGGGGCCACUGAAUCCCACUUUAUCCAAGCCACAGAUGGCAAGAGUGCCAGCGGCAAUGGGGGCCCAGAACCCAUCUUGGCAACACCAAGGAAUACCCAACAUGAACAGCCAGACACAAGGAAAUGGGGGCUUAGGGGCAUUUACUGCCAGCUCCACUUUCCACUUGCAGCAAACUCACCUAAAGAUGGCCAGCCAGCAGUUUGCUCAAGGAAUGCCUCAGGUAAGCCUAAGCACCAGCCGACCCAUAGCCUCCAUGAACUCUGCUGUCGCUGGGCAGAUACUCUCAUCAUCCUUAGGCGCACAGCAGAGGACAAACCCACCUGCCCAGCAGCAGGUCCCCUCGCAACAAGUCUUGCCUGGCAUGAACCAGGCAGUUCCAGAUCUGACUGCUUUCAACCAGAAUCCAAAUCAGCAGCUGCCCAAUAGAGCCAAUCUGCACUGUACUCAAGGUUACCCCGUGAGAACCACCAGUCAGGAGCUGCCUUUCGCCUACAGCAGCCAGGCGGGCAAUAAUGGACUGCCAAGCUUAACUGGCGACACAGACCUGAUAGACUUGCUGAAAAACAGGACUUCAGAAGAAUGGAUGAAUGACUUGGACGAGUUGUUAAGAACUCACUGAAACAGGGUUUGGGGGUUUGUUUUCUACAUCUUAUUUUUUUAUUUUGUGAAAUCUAAACUACGGUUGGACCAAAAACCUGUGGCUUUGAGGAGACUUGUAGGCAUUAGAAGUAAAUAGUUGGGAAAGGGACUGAAGCUACUUCCCAUUUGGGCUUUGAGACAUGGUAAUGGCACACCGAGCAAGUCCGCUGCGGCGCUGUGCUUCCUCUUUGUGUCUGUGGGAGGUUGCACGUUUGAACAGGUCAAACAAAUUGGUCUGCAUCCCAGCCUGCCCUUCAGAAAUUUCACUUGCAGUGUUUGGAAACUGAGGUUUUUGAUUAUUUACAAACCCUACAAAAACCCCACAAUAGUGGGGAAAAACAAGCAAGUAAAAAUCAUGCCAAUAUUUCCUAGAAGGGCUUUUUCCUGGAGCUCAUACUUCACGUCACAGUCGUUCCCAGCUUGUCAUGCUGUUAGUUGCAAUACUGUCCCACCACGGUUCCCACUUUGUUUUUGCGGGAGGAGAGGACACGUGCCCCUGAGUGUGUUUGCAAGACGGUUUUAUUUUGAGUCAGGCCUCCCCCCGCUGCUGACGUGUGUGCCGCCAUUCUCAACAAGCAAGUGAUCUUUCUCAGUAAUGUUUGAAGCAAAUGCUUCUGGAUGCUGGUGAUAAAUGACAAAAAGUGUUAAAACCUGGCCAGCUGGCCUAGGCUGGUGACUUUCUUUAACGGAUCGUGGACUCCCAAGCUGCAGCUUGCACUCUUGUGGAGGGACGUGGUUCUUGGCUUUUACCUUAUUGUGGUUAAAGAGGGACUUUCUUAUGGGAGAACCUUUAUGAAUAUAUUAGAUGUAAACCCAUUUACUUUGCACAUGUUUUUUCAUAACUUAUUUCCAAAAUUAGUUGUGUUUAAAUGAGGACUUUGCUUUGUGAUAGCUCAUCUUGUUUUCCUUUUAGAUUUUAUAACACAGGAUUUGUGAGGUUAGUCUUCUCCAAGAGUAAACAGAGAUUCCAUAAGCACAAGAUUUUGUCACUUUAGGAUCAAGCGCGUGAAAGUAGCACUGGGCCGAGAAGUGGAAAGUUCUUACCUAAAAUGUAAAUAUCAGCAAUAAUAGAGCAGGGAGCAUGGAAAAAUACUGGCCUAGUCACUUGUCUCAAGGUUGUUCCAAUGUGAAGAUCUCCCCUUUAAGUAUUUCCCCCCCUGAUUUGUGAGAUUGAUAAUCUUUUUGCAGACAGGUAUAGAUACUUCUCUGAUCUCUCUUGAAGCAGGUGCUGGUUCUGCAGGAUAAGCCAGGACGACUCUCGCACUCGUGUUGGGGUCAGUUGCAUACAGGAUAAGAAAAGCAAUGAGAACAAUCAGUGUUCUAAAUCCUUACUCGCUACCAAAAAUUCCCCUAUCGAUCAACAAACCACCUUGCCUUAACCUUUAUUUUGAGAUGGAAAUAAAGUUAAAAGCUUUGUUUUAGAUGCACAAAUACCUCUUCCCUUCCCAAACCCCUUGGGGGUGGGAAAUGCGGGCCAACUUUUUCCAUUUUUGUAAAGCUCCUUCUAAUUUUUUAGCCAACCCCAGCAUGACGAAAAGAAUUUCCUUCAACACAGACUAGUGUCUUGAGGAGGAGCCUUUCUGCUCUGCAGAGGUGUUAUGGUUUGGAGCGGGGAGGUGAAGGCUAAAAUUUGAGAUUUUGGAAGGAGAGUAUUUUACUGUAUUUGCAGCUCCUUUAUCAGAUAAUUUGCACUUUUUAUAAAAUCUGCUUUUAACACUAAUACUUUUAACCCUUUCCCAAUACACGUGAAACAUGGUCUUGCCCUUCACGCUCUUCUAGAUUUUGCAUUGUAUCAUGUUAAACUGUUGGGGCUGGUCAGAGCUGUUCACUUUUGGUGAUACUGCACAUUGACCAGUGGAUCCCAUAGCUGAAUGGAAGGUGAAGUUCCUCUGAAGUGAACUUAAACCCUUGUCGAAAUAUUUAAAAAAUGAAAGAUGGAAUUGAUUCUUAAAUGACAAAUGAAAGCAUCAGCGACACUGGGGUUACUGGCACUGUUCUAAGAUUUUUUUAGGGGAAAAAUCGCUGACUUUUAAAAUGACUAAUCCUAACUUUUUUGGUAAAGAAAUAAAGCCAGUGAGCUUGGCUUAAUGAUACAGUAAGCAAACAAUUGGUCCAAGGCUCUUGAAACUUCAUCAGAAGAGUCUAGACUUUAGCAGUUUUCUUUUCUCUUUCUCUCUCACUGUCUCUCUCGGUCAGGAGAAGGGUGUUUGUGAUACUUGUUUGUGUGUGUUGUUGGGUUUUGGGGGGGGUGUUUCUUUUUCUUAAGUGUUAACUUAGCACCAGUGUGCCUUCAUUUCCUAUUGGGGGUACUUGGGACCUCAUACUCUUGAACAGUGACAUCCUGUAAUGUUGCUGAUCCUUUUCUCUACCCCUUAAAACAGCCAGGAAUAACAGCCUGUUAGAACUUAAUUGCUCCUUUUCCCCUGUUUAGCUUAUGUGACAAAAUCCACUGUAUUCAGGGGAUUUCACAUGCAGAGUUUAGGUCUAAAUACAUCAAAACAACAGUCCAUCCAUUUUGUAGCUCUGUAAUCUGAUGUAAAGGAGAUCAGCUCAGCAUGCUUGCUCUCUAAAGGAUAGUUCCUGUAGGUGUUCUGGAGAUUGCGGAUGUCCUUUUCCCUUCAUUGUUUCUGGAAGCUGAGAUGGAUAUUGGCCUGCUAAACAGGAGUGUGUUUCUCUGCAGAAGUCCUGAUUUGAUUUAGGACUUGGUCUGUAGUGGCCGUGGUACUGUUCAGUGCUCUUCAAACAUGGAUGGAGGCUGAUUGGUUUAUAAUAUCCUUCAGCCACUGUGCGUGAACAAGAUCCCAACAAUGUUAAAAUGAUUGCGAUCCAGCCUCGACUUUCAUUUUUCAGCACGGGUGUCAUUUGGUCCCUGUCUACACAGUCUGAUCAAACUGUUGACAACAUGGUGGCGGUGUUACCAUGUUUACAUACUGCUUAUUGGCCAUCGACAGUGAGGCCUAAAUGUGCGUAGGUGCACGAGUGAAGACAGGCUGGGCAUUGCCCUUGCGUGCUGUCACACACAGCUGUUAACACAUGCACUUGGGCUUUCCAUUUGCUGCAGCUUAAGAGCAAUAAGAUGUAGCUCCCCUGAGCCUUGCCUAGCCGGCUGCCCAUGGCUUUAUUUAUAAACUGAGGUUUUGGCUAGGCGAGAAGGGCGAAAAAGUCACUGUGUAACAUCCACUGCCUUCCAAAAACCACAAGUCAAUUGAAAAGGGUGCUCAAAUUUUUGUUAUACACAUUUCCUUUGUGUAAAUAAUGUUUACAGUUUUAUAUUAAAGAUUGAAUAAGAGUUAGAUCUUCUGACUGUAUAUUUUUUACUUUUUAUAGAUUUUAAAACUAUAAUUCUUUAUAUAUGUGUUUUUGGGGGUUAUGGUAACUUUUAUGCUUGUAAAUGGAGAACAGUUGAAAUUGAUGCUAACCUUUAUGAGUUUUUUGUCAUUGAAAUGUGUAAAGAGCCCAUUAAUCCCCUUAUUCUUUUACUACAAUUACUGGUGCACACCAAAAAGAAAUCCUUUACUUCUGUUUUAUCAUUAUAAAAAUAAAUAUUUUGCUAGUGUAUUAAACA